UUUUUCUUUUUUUUUUUUUUUUUUUUUUAUAUUUUAUAUUUUAUAUUUUAUUCUUUUCUCUAUUUCUAAUUCUCCUUAAAUUUUGCCUUCUCCUACUACUUCUUCUACUCACUCACUCACUCACUCUAUCUUUUUAAAGCCAUGAUGGCGGCUUCUCCACCUCCUUCUUCUUCUUCUCUACUCGAUCAUUUGAGCUUUUCUAAUUCCACCAGAUCAAAUUUCCCCGCUUUCAAUUACAACAAUAACGUCAAAUUCAUUAACCAAAACUCCACCCAUAAUCCCAUUAUUCACUCUGCUCUUCACUCUCCAUCCGUUCUUCAUUUCCCAAACCAAACUCCUAAUUUCCACAACAAUCUCACUCUCAAAGACCAAACCAACAAAUCCCCUUUUUCCAAUUGGAAUCUCCUUCAAAAAACAGCUUCCAUGGCUUUAUACAUGGUCGAAUCCGCUUUAGUUUCUCACGAGCUUCAACACCCACUCCCUAAAACCGCCGACCCACGUGUUCAAAUCUCCGGCAAUUUCGCUCCCGUCCCCGAACAACCCGUUAAACAUAACCUCCCUGUCACCGGAACCAUCCCCGAUUGUAUUCACGGUGUUUAUCUCCGUAACGGCGCUAAUCCUCUCUUUCAACCAACUGCCGGACACCAUCUCUUCGACGGCGAUGGAAUGGUUCACGCUGUCACUAUCAAUGGCGGUUCCGCUAGCUACGCCUGCCGCUUCACUCAGACCCAACGGCUCGUUCAGGAACGGCGAUUGGGGAGACCGGUUUUUCCUAAAGCGAUUGGGGAACUCCACGGGCACUCCGGAAUCGCUCGCUUGUUACUGUUCUACGCGAGAGGAGUGUUUGGGUUAGUGGACCAUAAGAAAGGAACCGGAGUGGCGAACGCCGGUCUGGUGUAUUUCAAUGACCGGCUUUUGGCGAUGUCAGAAGACGAUUUGCCGUACCACGUGCGUAUCACGCCUUCAGGUGAUCUACAAACCGUAGGCCGUUACGAUUUCAAUAAACAGCUUCAUUCCACAAUGAUCGCACAUCCGAAAGUGGACCCAAUCUCCAAAGAACUCUACGCCUUAAGCUACGACGUCGUUCGUAAACCGUAUCUGAAAUACUUCCGAUUCUCCCCCGACGGAAUGAAAUCCAAAGACGUCGAAAUCCCACUUGAAACUCCCACAAUGAUGCACGAUUUCGCCAUCACAGAGAAUUUCGUAGUGAUCCCCGAUCAGCAAGUCGUGUUUAAGCUUCAAGAAAUGGUAAAAGGCGGAUCUCCGGUGAUUUACGACAAGAAGAAGAAAUCCCGAUUCGGAAUUCUCCCGAAAAAUGCGACGGAUUCGAAGGAUUUGAUUUGGGUGGAAUCGCCGGAUACGUUCUGUUUUCAUCUGUGGAAUGCUUGGGAGGAGCCGGAGACGGAGGAGGUGGUGGUGAUUGGGUCGUGUAUGACGCCGCCGGAUUCGAUUUUCAACGAGUGCGAGGAGAAUUUGAAAAGCGUUUUAUCAGAAAUUCGGCUGAAUUUACGGACGGGGAAAUCGACACGGCGGGCGAUUAUCAAGGAAGAGAAAGAACAGAUGAAUCUAGAAGCGGGAAUGGUGAAUAGAAACCGACUGGGGCGGAAAACCCGGUUUGCAUAUUUGGCGAUUGCAGAGCCAUGGCCGAAGGUAUCGGGAUUUGCGAAGGUUGAUCUGGUAACAGGGGAAGUAAAAAAGCAUAUUUACGGCGGUAGAAAAUUCGGUGGGGAGCCAUUUUUUUUACCGAAAGAGGGAAAUUCAAAGGAAGAAGAUGAAGGAUACAUUCUGGCGUUUGUUCAUGAUGAAAGGACAUGGAAAUCAGAGGUUCAGAUAGUGAACGCCAUGGAUUUGAAAGUGGAAGCUACAAUAAAAUUACCUUCGAGAGUUCCAUAUGGAUUUCAUGGGACAUUCGUUCAGUCAAACAGUUUGCAAAAUCAAGCUUAAUGCAUUCAAGAAGAAGAGAAAAAAAAGGAGGAGAAAUUACCAGAGGGAUGGCUUAGAGACAGGUCCCCGGAUUCUCUCCUAUUAGCAUUAAAAACCGAACCAACUUUUUGUUUGUGUUUUCUGUUUUUUUUUUUUUUUUUUUUUUUUUUUUUUUUUUUUUUUUUUUAAUUUUGAGUGAGUGAUUUGAAGAGGAAACCCAGCUUGUAGCUUUUGGACAGUUUGGUAGAUUUGGAGCUCAGCUGGUUUCUGUUUCUCUCUCUGUGUUUGUUUUUGUUUUUUUCCUCUCUGUGUAAAAAAGAAAUUAUAAUUAUCAUCGUAUUUACGCUA